UCAUUAUCUACAGCAGAACAAGGUACUGCUACUUAAGGAGGGAUAAAAGAAGAGACAGAGAGGGGGAUAAAAGGAGGUUUGGAGGAAGAGAAAAACGUAUACAGAGAGAGAAACAGAGACAAGGGAAACAGAGACAGCGAGAGAGACGAAGUGAAACAAGGCAAAAAAGAAGAUACUUUGAGAAAAAAAAAGAACAAAAUCAGAGGUGAAGUGUGGAAAAAGGGAGGGUGGAGAAGAAAGGAGAGUGGUGACUUGUGGACCAAAGAGGCAGAGAAAUAAAGACGAGUAGCGAGAAAGAAAAAAAAGGGGGGGGUGGGGGGGGGGAAUAGAGCGGCACACUAUAGAAACGAGAGAAAGCAAGAAACUGAGAGCGUAACAGACUGAAAGCUGGCCCAGGAACCACAGAGAAAGAUGCAUGCCUUCCUGUUACUUAGCUGCUUUGUCCUCGCUGCGACAGAGUACUUCCUUGGCUCUGCCCACAUGAUCCCUGAAGAGAAACUUUCCACCAAUAGAGUUGUUGUAUCUAAUGCUCUGUCUCAAAACCUUGAGAUGGGCUCACCUCCUGUGGUUAUUGUAGAAUUGCCUAAAUCAGCGAAAAAGAACAAGAAAACAAAGAAACAAAAAAAGAACAAAUUCAGUGUGAAGAAGCGCCCUCCUCCUCCUGCUGACUGCAUUCCCUUGUGGGGAAGCUGUAAAUCUCCAGGCAAUGUGUGCUGUGAUUUCUGUGCCUUCUGCCAGUGUCGGCUCUUCAGAACUGUCUGUUUCUGCCGAAUGGGCAACCCUCGCUGCUGAACAGCCAGCUGCAGCCCAACCUAGCUCCAAGCUAACAAAACAAAACUUCAUGCUAAAGCAAACCACUUGAACACUGUGAGAGGUGAAUCACUUCUAGUGUUUGGUUUGUAACUUUGCCUAAAAUUCACUGCAUGAAAGCACUUUAUCACAGAGGACUGCACCACAGUGAACUUUCCUAAAAUCUUACAGGGUGUUCUGCUUAUAGCACUGCUAUACAACUCACAAAUAAACGUUUACUUUGAGCUUUUAGCAUACAUAAAUAGGAUAUGGUUGCUCAAAAAUUUUAUAUUUUGCUUUAUUUUUACACAGAAAUACAUUAAUAUGCAGUAUCAUACUUAUAUUAUUAUAAUAAUAUUUUAUGAAGCCUUGCACGAUUAAAGUCGUUGUACUACAUUUUA